CCUGUGCGCCGUAUUCGUGUCUUCCCCUCGUAAACAGUAGACGCUGUAAAGAGUUCCGCUCGGGUGACGGGCGCUCAGUGUACGCGGUAAAAGCGGGGCCGGGGGAUACUGAGGCCGGGGUGGUCGCCAUGUCCUCGGCUUCUCAUGUAGGUUGCACUGUGCGUCUCCGAUCCGACUUCACAGGUCUCGCAGGGGGAAGCUUUAUAUUGAAGCACUGUGCACUUCCGGCAUCUGCUCCUCCCUCAGCCCCCAGGGUCCUAGGUCCGGUUAUGUUCAUCUUUGUCUGCUGCUGAUAGCUGUGGGGCGCAGAGGGUGGGCUCCCCUUUUAUCUGCCCUCAGGCCCUUCCAUGAUGUCUUCAGAGCAGGAGGAGCCUGUAGGAGAGAUCGAGGUCUCCAUCGAGCAGGAGCCUCAGGACUCUCCAGGAUUCGUGCAGUGUGGCCGACGCUUCCGCUGUUUAACCUGCUGUAAAACGUUCCCCAACCUGCCCCGUGCUAAGCGCCACUGCCUUGCACACCUCCCGGCAGAUGAUUCUGCACCUGCAACACCCAAGACUCCUGGACUAAAGAUCGAACAGCGCCACCAGUGUGUGUACUGCGACAAGUCCUAUAAGACUGCCUCAUUGCUGAAGAGCCAUGUGCGCAGCCACACGGGGGAGAAGCCAUUCAUUUGUAAAGAGUGCGGCCGCUCCUUCAUGCAGCCGAUAUGCCUGCGGGUACACAUGGCCACACACACCGGGCAGCUCCCUUUUCAGUGCAGUCAGUGUGGAAAAGCCUACGCUACUCCCUCAAAGUUACGAAUUCACGAGCGGCUGCACACUGGCGAACGCCCGUUUUCAUGCCCUGACUGUGGGAAAGGGUUUGCAGACCCAUCAGUUUUUCGCAAGCACAGGCGGAGCCAUGCCGGGCUGCGUCCCUAUCAGUGCCAGCUGUGCCAGAAGUCCUAUAGCGAGCUGAAGGACCUAAAAAAUCAUGAACGAAGCCACACAGGGGAGAAGCCUUUCCUGUGUUCCGAUUGUGGCAAGGCGUUCUCCCGUGCAUCCUCUCUCACUUGUCACCAGCGAAUCCACGCCACCGAGAAACCGUACAAGUGCCCCAUAUGCAACAAAGACUUUACCCAGCUGUCUUCCUAUCAGAGCCACCAACGCACACACUCUGGGGAGAAGCCUUUCCUGUGCCCCCAGUGCGGCCGUAUGUUCUCCGACCCAUCUAGUUUUCGGCGGCACCAGCGAGCUCACCAGGGCGUCAAGCCGUAUCGAUGCGACAAGUGUGGCAAACCAUUCCGGCAGCCAGCUGAUCUGGCCAUGCACCAGCGUAUCCACACAGGCGAAAGGCCCUUCCGAUGCCUGGACUGCGACAAGACGUUUGUAGCAUCUUGGGACUUGAAGAGGCACCGGUUGUCGCACAGCACGGAGCGGCCUUUUCAGUGCAUAGAGUGCGGCAAAGGCUUCGCCGAACGCUCUGGACUUAGCAAACACCAACGUUCCCACAGCGGAGAAAGACCUUUCAAGUGCGAGGAGUGUGGGAAGACGUUCAUCGUGUCCUCGAGUCUCCGGAAACACGAGCGUACCCACAUGAAGCCCGAACAGGAAACCAACAAGAAGAAGGAAGAGUCCACCACAUGUGACAAGUGCUCACUAACGUUCCAAAGCGUGAUGGACCUGAGAAACCAUCAGAGGACCCAUCCAGAACUCAGGCCCUUUCAUUGUGACCAAUGCUACAAGGGCUUUGUGGACAAGUCCGGACUGAAAAAGCACCAAAGGAUACACAGUGACGUGCGCCCCCAUACGUGCCAGCAGUGUGGCAAGGGCUUCCAUGUCCCCUCUGACCUUCGAAAGCAUCAGAGGACACAUGCCAAGGAGGCCAAGGUCAAAGAAAAAGAGGAAGAGGAGGGAAUCACCACCUUGACCCUUCAUCCAGCCUCUGUAGAGUCUCAGCCUCUCUUUGAUCCUCUGGUCUCCUUCUUAGAAAAAGUAGCUGAGGGAAACAUGGAGGUGAUAGAACCAUCACCCACAUCCAGCUGAAUGUUCUCCAUCCAAACGAGCGACACUAUGUGACUGUCUCCAACACAGGAGGCGGCCAUCUUUGUUACAUUAACCCUCAUUCUAAUAGUUUGGAGGGACUCUGCACCUUACUACUCUUCCUAAUUUAAAAGGAAGUGACUUGUGGGUGUUUGAUAGGUACAUGUCCCAAGAUGGCUGCCUCAAAGCGUCUACUAACAGAUGAAUUUCCCACCAAACCCCAUUACGUCAACAAGUCCCAGGUAUACAAUGUAUUUUCUGGGAAAGCCAAGACAUGCGUAAAUGAGAAUUAUUGCCAUGUGAGGUCAGUGGCCAUUUAGCAAAAUUGGUGUUUACAUGGCUGUGUGUCUGCGGGGGGGUUCAUAAAACACCCUGUGGGCCUGAAGAGGAAUGUGAAGCAGAGAUUUGCACACGCAGAGCCCCAUGAUACGCGGAAGUCAUGUGAUUGGAAUGAGAAUAAGUAUUUUUUUCCGUAAAAUAAUAAAGAUAUUGCC